UAUAACAAACCCAGCUGUGAACACUACAUUUCACCUUCUCUUCCUUCUUCUUUUCUAUUUACAUCUCCACCGGCAUUCUUCCUCAUCUCCUCCCCCUCCUCCUCCUCCUCCGCCUGGCCGCUUCCACCAUGAGCUCCAUUUUCCAGAGCUUCAAGGCCAAUGGGCUUCCAGUCUCACACGCAGAGUCAAAGGAGCAAGGCCUGCGCAGGAGGUUGUCUUCCUUCUCAUUCAAAAUACAACCCAUAUGUUCUACGCCAUCAUCCUGGAGGUUCCCCAGAUCAAAGUCAUUGCCAUCAAUGGGGGAAUUUGGAGGUAGUUCCAUGAGGAAAUGGUGGGACUUGGGCUGGGCUUGGAUCCUUUCCAGAAAGCCAACUUUCGCCAAAGAUCUGGAAAUGAAUGAGGAGGAGACUGUCAUUCUGGGGUGCCACAACAAGGGUAGCUGGAGACAUGUCUUCUACAAGGUGAGGUCUGAGCUGAGGAGGCUUGUGGGAUCAGACCGUGUGGGUCUCCCUCAAACAUGUAGGUAUGAUUCCUACAGUUAUUCCCAGAACUUUGAUCAAGGAAAUACAGCAAUCCAUGGUUGAAUUCCAUGCUGGGGAUCACUGCAAACUUUGAUUGGAAUAAAGAUGAAGUAGAUUAAAACUCAGAUCAAGGUUGUGGCUCUCUCUCUGUAUCUCUGUCUCUCUGUCCCUCUCUUUUUCUCUCUUUGUUUUGCAGUUUUUGUGAUAUUCAUGUUCAUGCAGAUUCUGAAUAUUUGUGUUACCUGAGCUUUGGAUUUGGGCUCAAACUCAAAAACACCAUCAUCAUUGUCCAUGAAAUUUCAAGUUUGUAGCCAAGAAAAAAUGGCAGUAGGGGUGAAUAUGUGAGAUAAUAGCAAAGAAAUAUUUGUUAGUAAA